UCCUGCCCCUUUCGUCACGGCCGGCACGGAGUUCCCGUCCUGGCAUUCUGCAUCCCUGCCUUCGGAGGUGGUGAGUCGCGGUUUUACUUCGGUCGGGCCAAUUCCGACUCUGGUUCCUACGACAGGGUUAUUAGCCGUCCAAGGUCCCCCAUCAAGACGGACUGUUCGGAAUUGUUCGUCUGAGGCCUUUCGACCUGCCCCUGCUCUCAGCAGCACACCAUGCACGUCCGAUUCGACAUAGCGACGGCCCUACUGGCAUCAAUUCUUCCCGUUACUUUGGGCCAGCAUAUUCGAGACCUACGCAGCGAGCAUUGGUCUCUCAGUAGCCGGGCCUUGAAUCAAACAGUCUCUGCGCAAUUUCCAUCCCAGGUUCACCUGGAUCUAUUGGAGGCGGGGGUAAUAGUGAGAUCAUGUCCGACAGCGAGAAUCGUGUGCGCUAAACAUAUGUGGAGGUACCAUGGGUUGAAUGAUUUUAAUCUUCGCUGGAUUGCGGAUGCCAACUGGACUUAUACCAGUCAACCAAUCCAGGACCUCCUUGAUGAUUUCGACUCGACUUGGCUCGUGUUUGAUGGACUCGACACAUUCGCCACAAUCUCGUUUUGUGGGCAGCUGAUUGCGUCCACCGACAACCAGUUUCGCCAGUACGCAUUUGAUGUAACGACAACUCUGAGAUCCUGCAAGGGAGAUCCUGUUCUCAGUAUCAACUUUGGCAGUGCGCCGAACAUUGUCGACGCAAUCGCUCAGGAUCCAGACUCACAAAAAUGGCCCCCAAACGUCCAAAUCACCUACGAGUACCCAAACCGCUGGUUUAUGCGCAAGGAACAAUCUGACUUUGGAUGGGAUUGGGGUCCAGCGUUUGCCCCCGCCGGUCCCUGGAAACCUGCAUAUAUCGUUCAGCUUAAGAAAGCGGAAGGUGUCUAUGUCCUAAAUACCGAUCUGGACAUUUAUAGAAAGGGACAAAUCAACUAUCUCCCACCAGACCAGAGUCAACCCUGGGUUGUCAACGCUAGCAUCGAUUACCUGGGCUCCCUGCCUGAUAGCCCAACCAUGUCAAUCGAAGUGAGAGACGUUCAAUCUGGUGCGGUUCUUACUUCAUGUACUUUGGACAAUGUCACUGUGUCCGGCAGCUCCAUAACAGGUGUUACCGUUCUCGAGGGGCUGACUCCGAAACUGUGGUGGCCGCAAGGCCUCGGGGAUCAGAAUCUCUACAAUGUAAGCAUUACUGUUACCGACGAAGAAAAGCACUCCGUGGCCCACGUCACCAAAAGAACGGGUUUCCGCACCAUCUUUCUCAAUCAGCGCAAUAUCACCGAGGCCCAGCGCGCACAAGGAAUUGCUCCCGGGGCGAACUGGCACUUCGAAGUCAACGGUCAUGAAUUCUACGCCAAGGGGUCCAACCUCAUCCCGCCAGACAGCUUCUGGACCAGGGUCACCGAGGAAAAGAUGUCUCGAUUAUUUGACGCGGUCGUGGUUGGAAAUCAGAAUAUGCUCCGGGUCUGGUCUUCCGGCGCGUAUCUCCAUGAUUUCAUCUAUGAUCUGGCCGACGAAAAGGGCAUUUUGCUGUGGAGCGAGUUCCAGUUCAGUGACGCUUUAUAUCCUUCCGACAACGCCUUCCUGGAGAACGUCGCCACUGAAAUAGUGUACAAUGUUCGAAGAGUGAACCACCAUCCAUCCCUGGCAUUGUGGGCCGGUGGAAAUGAAAUCGAAGUUCUGAUGCUCCCGCUUGUCAAAGCAGCAGAUCCAGCCUCAUAUUCCUGGUACGUCGGCGAAUACGAGAAGAUGUACAUCAGUCUCUUCCUGCCCUUAGUUUACGAGAAUACCCGCUCGACCUCGUACUCUCCCAGUAGUACGACCGAAGGCUACUUAUAUGUCAACCUCUCUGCGCCCGUUCCCAUGGCUGAACGUUACGACAACACCACUUCUGGCUCCUACUAUGGUGACACCGACCACUACAACUACGAUACCAGCGUAGCCUUCGACUACGGUUCCUACCCUGUCGGCCGCUUCGCCAACGAAUUCGGUUUCCACAGCAUGCCCAGCCUUCAGACCUGGCAACAAGCCGUCGAACCCAAGGACCUCUACUUCAACAGCAGUGUCGUCAUGCUCCGCAACCACCACAAUCCCGCUGGCAGCCUCUCGACGGACAAUUAUACCAACUCUGCCGUUGGGAUGGGCCAAAUGACGAUGGGUGUGGAAAGCUACUAUCCCAUCCCGAGCAAAUCAGACCCCGUCGCCAACUUCAGCGCCUGGUGCCAUGCCACCCAACUCUUCCAAGCAGACAUGUACAAAACCCAAAUCCAGUUCUACCGUCGCGGAAGUGGCAAGCCCGAGCGCCAGCUUGGAUCCCUGUACUGGCAGUUGGAGGAUAUAUGGCAAGCACCUUCAUGGGCAGGACUUGAGUAUGGUGGCAGAUGGAAGGUUCUACACCACGUUGCAAGGGAUGUCUAUCAGCCUGUUAUCGUCUCGCCAUUCUGGAACUACACUACAGGCUCUCUAGAGAUUUAUGUCACGUCCGACCUAUGGAGCCCUGCAGCGGGAAUUGUGAACCUGACCUGGCUGGAUCUGUCCGGCCAUCCUAUUGCAGGUAAUGUCGGGACGCCAGAAUCUGUCCCCUUCACUGUGGGGGCGCUCAAUACAACUCGGAUAUACGGAGCAAAUGUUGAGAGCCUGGGCCUUCCGGAUACCAAGGACGCCAUUCUCAUACUCUCACUCUCAGCCCACGGACGUCUUCCGAACUCGGCCCAGACAAUCUCAUUCUCCCACGAGGAUCACUUUACUCCGGCAUUCCCCAAGGACCUAGCUAUUGUCGAUCCCGGCCUGAAGGUGGAGUACAACAACAAGUCGCAAAGCUUUGCGGUGGAAGCUACCUCCGGUGUUUCCUUGUACACCUGGCUGGACUACCCUACUGGAGUGGUGGGAUACUUUGAAGAGAACUCCUUUGUGUUAGCACCCGGCGAGAAGAAGCAGAUAGGGUUCACAGUCCUGGAAGACACUACAAAUGGUGCGUGGGUACGCAAUGUGACUGUUCAGAGUCUAUGGGAUCAGAAAGUUCGGGAUUGAUCCACCAACCCCAAUAGAAAGCAUGUAAAUGACAGGCAUAACAAUCUGACUGCCCUUGGCUUUUGACUAUCGAGAACCUUUCCAUCCAAAUAUUUCACUAUCCCUCUCACCGGCGCAACAUAAUCCCGGUCCUCCCCAAAACGCAU